AUGGCGACAAAGACACAUGCCCACGCCGACGAAGAUGGUCACUUUCGACGCAAGGAAAGUACGUUCCAGAACUGGAUCUCCAAGGACGCAGGGUCACUGUAUCCCGCCGAAAGAGAUCGCUAUGUCCUCUACGUAAACUACGCCUGCCCCUGGGCUCAUCGAACAAUCAUCGUCAGGGCGCUAAAGAGUUUGGAAGAUGCGAUACAGAUGGUACCGCUGGGCUGCGAUCUCACUGCUGGAGGGUGGACUUUCAACGGUGCCAUUCCUGGCCAGCACGGCUCGUUGGACAGAGAUCCCGUAUAUGGCUUCACCAAACUCAAAGAACUCUACUUAUUGGCGAACCCGGAAUAUACGGGACGUUUCAGGGUGCCUUGCCUGUUUGACAAGAAGACCAUGACGAUUGUAAAUAACGAGUCGAGCGAGAUCAUACGGAUGUUGUAUACAGAGUUCGACGACCUAAUUGAUGCAAAGUUUAAAGAGGAGAGCAAAGGAGCAGCAGGUUUGUACCCUAAGCACUUGAGCAGUGCGAUUGAUGAGAUGAAUGAAUGGGUAUACGAUACUGUAAACAACGGCGUAUACAAAUGUGGCUUCGCAACCACGCAGGCAGCAUUCGACACCAACGUCGAACCGCUCUUUGACUCCCUAGACAGAUUGGAAAAGCACCUCUCGACCCCAGACCACCAGCCUUUCCUCUUCGGCAAGCACAUCACGGAAGCUGACAUCCGCCUAUACACAACACUCAUUCGAUUUGAUUGGGCGUACCACACCAUCUUCAACCUCAAUCUCAAAUUCAUCCGCCAUGACUACCCAAACCUCCACCUUUGGCUGCGGAGACUCUAUUGGGAUGAUACAGAGAUUACGAGGGGUGUGUUUAGGUCGACGACGAACUUUGAAGCACAUCGGUGGGGAUAUGCUAGUGCGAGAGGACUGGCUAUGCGUGGAGAAGGGAAAGACGAUGUAGUCAUUAUCAUUCCUAGGGGGCCGAAGCCUGAUAUUGAGGAGCUCGGUCAGCAUGAGAAGUUAGGGUAG